CGCGCUCGAGGGUCUUCCUGUGAGAUUGUAAAAUGGCGCAUUGUUGUCACCGCCGCAUCGCGUCUAUUUGUUUAGGAUUAUGAAGCUAUUUAGAUUAUUAAACUAAAUAUGCACUUCAUAAUGUAACAUACGCAUAGGCCAGCAAUAGACUGAACAGAGCGGUUCAUUUAUUUGCGUGCAUACACCGUCUUUGAGCUUGUUUGCUCGGUAAACAUCGAUCGGUACCAUUAGCUAGCGAGCUAACAUUUUUACUAGCUAUAGCUGCAAUAUUCACUGUAGGUUUAUUUUACCACAACAACGAAGAUGGGUUAUUUAAAACUGAUUGAGAUCGAGAAUUUCAAGUCGUACAAAGGAAGACAGAUCAUUGGGCCUUUUCACAAGUUUACUGCAAUCAUCGGACCCAAUGGAUCUGGAAAGUCCAACCUUAUGGAUGCCAUCAGCUUCGUGUUGGCAGAGAAGACUAGCAACCUGCGUGUGAAGACACUCAAGGAUCUUAUCCACGGAGCACCUGUCGGAAAGCCAGCUGCCAACAGAGCUUUUGUCUGCAUGGUGUACCAGGAAGAUAGCGGAGAGGAACGCUCCUUCACAAGGGCCAUCAUCGGUUCCUCCUCUGAAUACCGUAUCAACAACAAGGUGGUCGGCCUGCCUGAAUACAGUGAAGAGCUGGAAAAACUUGGCAUUCUCAUCAAGGCUAGGAACUUCUUGGUCUUUCAGGGAGCUGUGGAGUCCAUUGCCAUGAAGAACCCUAAGGAGCGUACAGCUCUGUUUGAGGAAAUCUCACGAUCUGGAGAUCUGGCACAGGAGUACGAACGCAGGAAGAAGGAAAUGGUGAAAGCAGAAGAAGACACGCAGUUCAAUUACCAUCGAAAGAAAAACAUUGCUGCUGAGCGCAAAGAAGCCAAGCAAGAGAAAGAGGAGGCUGAGCGUUACCAGCGUCUAAAAGAUGAAGUUGCCAGGGCAAGUGUUCAAUUGCAACUUUUCAAGUUGUACCACAAUGAGACUGAGAUUGAGAAGCUAAACAAAGAGCUGGGCCAGAGAAACAAGGAGAUCGAUAAAGACCGAAAAAGGAUGGACCAUGUGGAGGAGGAGCUGAAGGACAAGAAGAAGGAGCUGGGAAGACUGAUGAGGGAGCAGCAGACCAUUGAAAAGGAAAUCAAGGAGAAAGACUCUGAGUUGAAUCAAAAGAGGCCGCAGUACAUCAAGGCCAAAGAGAACACGUCUCACAAGAUCAAGAAGCUCGAGGCAGCUCGCAAAUCAUUGCAAAAUGCCCAGAAGAUGUACAAGAAACGCAAGGGGGACAUGGAUGAGCUGGAUAAAGAAAUGAAGGCAGUGGAGCUGUCCAAGCAAGACUUUGAGGAGCGGAUGGAGGAGGAGGCACAGAGCCAGGGCCAGGACCUCACCCUUGAAGAAAACCAGGUCAAGGCGUACCAUCGGCUGAAGGAGGAGGCCAGUAAACGGGCUGCCACCCUGGCUCAGGAGCUGGAAAAGUUCAACCGCGACCAGAAGGCCGACCAGGACCGCCUCGACUUGGAGGAGAGGAAGAAAGUGGAGACGGAGGCCAAAAUCAAACAGAAAAUACGUGAAAUUGAGGAAAACCAGAAACGUAUUGAGAAACUAGAAGAUUACAUUACCACCAGCAGGCAGUCACUGGAUGAGCAGAAGCGCAUGGAGGAGGAGCUGACGGAGGAGGUGGAGAUGGCAAAGAGGAGGAUUGAUGAGAUCAACACGGAGCUUAACCAGGUAAUGGAGCAGCUGGGAGACGCCAGAAUCGACCGGCAGGAGAACAGUCGCCAGCAGCGCAAGGCUGAGAUCAUGGAGAGUAUUAAGAGACUCUACCCCGGCUCUGUGUAUGGUCGUCUGAUCGACCUGUGCCAGCCCACUCAGAAAAAGUAUCAGAUUGCCGUGACCAAAGUGUUGGGCAAGAACAUGGACGCCAUCAUUGUUGACUCGGAGAAGACUGGCAGAGAUUGUAUUCAAUACAUCAAGGAGCAGAGAGGCGAGCCCGAAACCUUCCUUCCUCUUGACUACCUCGAGGUAAAACCAACAGAUGAGAAACUAAGGGAACUGAGAGGAGCCAAACUGGUGAUUGAUGUGAUUCGCUAUGAGCCUCCCCACAUCAAGAAAGCCCUCCAGUAUGCUUGUGGCAACGCCCUGGUCUGUGAGAACGUAGAGGAUGCACGAAGGAUCGCCUUCGGAGGGCCAUACAGACACAAGACUGUAGCCCUCGAUGGUACCUUGUUCCAGAAGUCUGGAGUCAUCUCUGGAGGAGCCAGCGACCUGAAGGCCAAGGCCAGGCGCUGGGAUGAGAAGGCAGUGGACAAGCUCAAGGAGAAGAAGGAGAAACUCACUGAAGAGCUCAAAGAACAAAUGAAGGCCAAGAGGAAGGAGGCCGAGCUGCGUCAGGUGCAGUCUCAGGCCCAUGGUUUGCAGAUGAGACUCAAGUACUCCCAGAGUGAUCUGGAACAGACGAAAACCCGCCACCUCUCCCUCAACAUGCAGGAGAAGUCCAAGCUCGAGAGCGAGUUGGCAAACUUUGGUCCUCGCAUCAACGACAUCAAGAGGAUCAUCCAGUCCCGCGAGAUGGAGAUCACUGACCUGCGAGACCGCAUGAACUUGGUGGAAGACGAGGUGUUUAUCGAGUUCUGUAAAGAGAUUGGAGUGAGGAACAUCAGAGAGUUUGAAGAGGAGAAGGUGAAGAGGCAGAAUGAGAUUGCAAAGAAGCGCCUUGAGUUUGAGACCCAGAAGACCCGCCUCGGAAUCCAGGUAGACUAUGAGAAGAAUCAGCUGAAGGAGGACCAAGAGAAAGUUAUGAUGUGGGAGCAGACCGUCAAGAAGGACGAGGCCGAAAUAGAACGACUGAAGAAAGAGGAGCACAGGCACAUGAAGAUCAUUGAUGAGACAAUGGCACAGCUGCAGGACCUCAAGAACCAGCACCUCACCAAGAAAUCUGAAGUCAAUGAUAAGAACCACGACAUGGAGGAGAUCCGCAAAAAACUGGGUGGCGCCAAUAAGGAGUUGACUCAUCUCCAGAAGGAAGUGACGGCCAUCGAGACCAAACUGGAGCAGAAGCGCAGUGACCGUCACAACUUGCUCCAAGCCUGCAAAAUGCAGGACAUCAGGUUGCCUCUUCGUUCUGGAACAAUGGAUGAUAUCAGCCAAGGAGAGGGGAGCUCCCAGACAGAGGAGUCCAGCAGCCAGAGGACGUCCAGCACGGUUCUGGCUAAAGAGGCACUCAUAGAGAUCGACUACAGCAACCUGUCUGAAGACCUUAAGGACGCUCUGUCAGAGGAGGAGAUCAAGGGGGAGACGAACACACUGCAGCAGCGUCUGAACGAGCAGCAAAGCAUUCUUCAGAGGAUCAGUGCACCCAACAUGAAGGCCAUGGAGAAGCUGGAAAGUGUCAGGGACAAGUUCCAAGAGACCAGUGACGAGUUUGAGGCUGCCCGUAAGAGAGCCAAGAAGGCCAAGCAAGCCUUUGAGCAGAUCAAGAAGGAACGGUUUGAUCGCUUCAAUAACUGCUUUGAGUCUGUGGCCACUAACAUCGAUGAGAUCUACAAGGCCCUCUCACGCAACAGCAGUGCCCAGGCUUUUUUAGGCCCAGAAAACCCAGAGGAGCCGUACCUGGAUGGCAUCAACUAUAACUGUGUGGCUCCAGGAAAGAGGUUCAGACCCAUGGACAACCUGUCUGGAGGAGAGAAGACUGUUGCUGCCCUGGCUCUUCUGUUUGCUAUUCACAGCUACAAACCUGCUCCCUUCUUUGUCCUGGAUGAGAUUGAUGCUGCAUUGGACAACACUAACAUCGGCAAGGUGGCCAACUACAUCAAAGACCAGUCGGUGCUGAACUUUCAGGCCAUCGUGAUUUCUCUGAAAGAGGAAUUCUACACGAAGGCAGACUCGCUUAUCGGUGUUUAUCCAGAGCAAGGAGAUUGUGUCAUCAGUAAAGUGCUUACCUUUGACCUCUCCCAGUACCCCGAUGCCAACCCAAACCCCAAUGAAUAAUCCAAGCUCCCCCACACUAGCAUUUUUGGCAAGUUGGGUGUUCUUUUGAUACUCUCUCUCGCCUGUGAGCCUAUUCUGUAGACCCAGAUUAUGUAUUCCUUAGGUCCCACAUGUUAUUUCUUUGUUUUUUUUUUUAGUUAGGUAUUGUUUGAGGUAUGCUAGAGUACGGAGUUAGUGAGGCUUUCUCUUGUUAUCGGGGGUUGUUGUAUGGUCAGCUACAACCAGGAUGUAUGUACAUUUAUAAAGGCCUGCCCCGUUCUAAAUUUGGCCGUCAUAAUCCAUGAAAUGAGUUCUAAUCAAGUGCAAAUGACAAGGAAUCAAACAAUUUUAAUUGACUGUAGAAUUUGUAUCAUGUGGUAAAAUGUGUUGAAUUUACCUGAAACAUGUUUUCUCAGAGCUUUUAUACUUUUCAGCCCUCUUUCCAGUGGUGUGCUCUAAAUACUUCCCUCUCAUCUGUUGUGUUUUCUACAAAAUAUAUUUGUUUUCGUGUGCUGUUUUUUUUUUUUUUUUAAAGCUUAAUCAGGAAACUGUUGUUACAGUAUGGUGGAAACAUUCCCUUGUGUUAUGGCUGAAGCGACCGCUCAGUAAGCUGCAACUGGCAGAGCUGUAAUGAGAUCAUGGAGCUUCAUUAAAGAUGUCAUAGAAAAUGUGCUGAGGUUUUUCAGGUUGUACGAAUAAUGAGUGAUAAUCUGAAUCAGCUUUAAGAAAACGGUCAGGCCUGCUUUGUUGCUUAUUUCAAUAAAAAAAUUGAAUUAUU